GUGUAUAUAUAUGAGAAGCUUCACGUAGCCAUUGCAACACGAUCUCGACAACCACCCUUUAAUUUCUCUAGUUUGUCCCAGUCCGGAUAUCUUUGAUUAGCUAGCCUUUGCCUUAUUGGAAAAGCGCGAUGUCUGCCUCGGCGAUGCUGGAAGCUGUGGAGGAUGCCUCCACGCUCGCGAAGGUGGCUGUGUUCCUGGUGGUUCAGGCUCUGGUGUGCCUCAUCCUGUUGAACUCGUCCGACCUGUUCUCGAGGAACAAGAUGAGCAGGUCGUUUAGUUUCAAGCCAGCUCGCUCUGUCAGCAUCCGGCGGAUCCUAGCCGUGAUCUCUGACCUGCCGUUGGGUGGCGAGCCUUCCCCCUCUGGUUCUUCAGCCGGGAGGUCGGGGAUCACAUUCCCGGAAUAUUUGAGCAUGGAGGAUCUCGCCUCCUAUUAAAUCCAGUUUCACAUCAUCUGUGAAGUAGUAGUGCCCCUUUUCUUUUAUGUAUUGUGUCUUGAAGUAUAGAACUGAUGAUUUGAUUGUAUUGGUUGGAGAAGAUUCUUUUAGUCAUUGAUUAGUGAAACUUACAACGAUUUUCAUAUCUCAGGAACUCAUUAAACUCGAUAUUCUCAAAUAUGCUUUAAAAUUUA